AUGGGAUUUGAAUGGGAAGACUGUCAGUCAGCGAUAGAAGCAGGAAAUAACACACUGGAAUCCGCAGUGGAAUGGUAAAUAUGCUGCGUAUCAGACCCUCUAAUAUUGUAAAGUGCUAAAUGCAGAGAAGAUAAUUAAGGCUAAUUUAAACGGUACAACCUUUGCUUAUGACUAUUGUGUACGACUAGCAUAUGUCAUGAGUUCACGUCAGAUUGUGUCGUGUAAAUGAGACCCAUGACAUCCAUACAACAUGUGUGGAUGUCGUAAGUAAAAAACUGUUGGCGUAUGUAUGGUCGAAAAUCAUGACACAUGCUAGUUGGGCACAAUAGUCGUAAGCAAAAAUCAUACUGUCUAAGUUGUCCUUUAGAGCUACCUACAGUUACCUAUGCCUAUACAGUUACCUAUGCAGUUGCGAAAAGAAAGCCUGAAAAAUUUAAGCUUACCCGGAUUGGAACCCUAACCUUUGCAAUACCAGUGCAGCGCUCUAACCAAUUGAGCUAGAAUGUGAACUGGGAACUGGUCAUUAAAUUUUUUUUGUAAUAUACCCUACCUGGGGAAGAUGAAGAUGAAAUUAAUGAUGAGGGGUGGGGGGACAGCAUCCUUGUGAAUGUAAUGGUUUUUUUUUCUGAAAAGGGCUAUUGUUAUACUCAGUUCCACAGACAAAAACUUACCUUGUUGAGCAGCACAUAACGGUAUAACCCAUACAUGGGAAUACCUCCUCAAGAACCCAUUCUGACUGAUACUGGGAUAUGAUUCUGAGCGAUCAAAUUAAAUUCUUUAGUUAUGCUUGUAAGUAGCCGUAUGGUUUGCUUCCUACUAGUUGGGGUUUUUAAUCAUGGUUAAUAAAUAACGGGUGGUAGAUUUCAGGUCAAUUAAUAUGGACCGAUGCCUCAUUAAACCCACACCUCUUCCCCCCCCCGCUUCCCAUCCCCCACCUCCUUGCCCAGGGUAAUAAAAAAUGCUGCUUCAAUGCCUUUGAUUAUUGUCUUUGGACAUUGGUUGGCUGUGUAUUUUAUGAAAUGUCGCGACAAUUAUUGAACUAAUGUGUGGUCAUUGAACUACUUUCUUUUUUUACUCUUUUCCUGUUCUCUCAGAGAGGUUUUAUUACAUGCCUUAUUUACUUAUCUGAAAUAUUACCUCAAUAGGGCUACUCUGUAAAUUUAAGGUAAAAUAAAGUUUAUGUUAUGUUGAUGAUGUCUUUAAGCUUGUUUAGGUUUAUGAAUGAGCUAUUGUGUUUUCAUUGCAUUACACUGAAACAGAAAGAACGACAGGUGAUGUAGAAGCAAAGCAUUUAUUUUUUUGUCUGUUUUCCAGGUUGAUGAGGAAACAAGCUGGUCAAAGUGGUGCAACUAGAGAAGAAAUCAAGUCUGAUCGUGUGAAAGAAAAUAAGGUAUGCCUUCCUGUUUUAUUAACUUUGUUGAGCACAUUAUAUAGUCAUCAUGCCUCAUUAUGUCUUAAAAAGACCUUGGAUAAAUUUCAUUUCACCAGUUAUUUGGAAGAAACCUUCUGUUGUAGCUAUGGUGAAUGACCUUUAUACAGUUAACUGUAAUUUUCUACAACUGCUUAUAAAAUGGUUGAGACUCCUUUGUCAGAUAAGCACUUUUUUGACUUUAAUAUACCUCAGCAGGAGAAAUCUUUUCAAUACAAGGGAUUUCUUUCCCUCUUCAAUAUUCAAAGUUAUCAUUCAAUAAUUGCAGGGGGUGUGAGGGGUGGGAGAUGAAAGGAGUAUGAGACAAGUUUACUUUCUUGUUGCUGCAUCCUCCCUCAAGUAGAUCUGCCAAGAAUAGUUGGUCAUUGAACAAAGAAUGACGGCAUAUAUGCCAAGACUCCCUGGUUAUCCUUGAGUCCUGUAUAUGGCACAAAUCUUCCAGUCUCCUGUACAGAUCACCAAAUCGCCCAGAUGAAAUUGAAUUUUGAGCUUUUCUAUGCUUUAGUGUGGAAUUUUGUCCAUUUUCCUCAAAAAUAAUAUUAUUCAUAAUUUUUUUCGAUCAUUAUAUGACUCCUGUGGCAGUUUAUGCAAUUCUUCAAUGGCUCAAAAGGCAAAUUUUGAUAGUCUGUACUUCAUGUAAGACUUGAUAUAAUGUCCUGGGACACAUCCAUGUUAUAAUAUGGGGACUCGGUCACAUUGUGUUUUUGAGGGAUGGACCGAGGAAGGGGAUUGAUGAUGGGGGUACUGUAAGGGUCAACGUGAUAUGUGAUAUAAUUUCCUGGUUUGUCCAAUUAAAAUGGCGACCUACUUGUAGUCACAUAUGUUAAAAAUUAAUAUUACUUCCUUUCUGAGAGCUUGUUAGCUUUUUUUGGCUUGCAGUUUUUUUGAUCUCUACUUGAUUGGUCUAUUUUUUCAAACAUCUGCAUUGAUUGAUUACAGUCACAAGUUACUUGUAUUCCAAGUCAAGAACCAAGCACAUCAGCUGGUGGUCCUGUGCAAGUGCCAACUCACUUGUCAAGUCGCUACACAGUCAGUGAAGAGCAUCAGAAAGCCAAGCAACAGUUUAUGGAAAAAGAAAGAGAAAAUGCAAGAAUGGAAGCAAAAAGAAGGAAACUGAUGGAAAAAAGAGUAAGGACAUACCAGAUUGUUCAUUUUCAUUCAUUCAUUCUAUAAGGGGUUCCUUGCAACAAUGGCAAACUGAUGUUUUUGCGUUAAAGAAGCUCUCUUGAAGAUAUGUCAUUAUUUUGAUCUAUUUUUUGUAUCAGCAUUUGAGAAUGAAAAGUGCUCUAUUUUCUUUGCAUUACAAUAUUAAUACAUGGAUGUCCACAUUGAGAGCCUCCACCCCAGUAUCUUUGUAAACAAGGUUUGACUUAGGGCAACGGAAAGCGCGGCUGGUUAGUGUACAGCCUUCUAUACAGGAGGUUAAGAAUGCAAUUCCCAGGUGUGACCUCAAAUCCUUGCUUGGACUUCCUUCCUUUCUGUGUAGCUUGAAGUAGCUUCAACUACCAUAAAAUGGAGCACUAAUGUAGGGAUGAAUGUACCAUUGAUCUCAGGUAUGUCAGGCUUAUGUGUACUGUUCCAAGUUACCGACACAGAGGAAGGACCUUUGACCAUAUCAUCUUGUUUCCUGUAGGCUCGACAGGAGAUUCUUCAACAGAUAGCAGAGGACAAGGUGAACAGACAUGAAAGAAGACUAACAAAACCUGGAACACAUCCAGCCACAUCUCAACCUGCUAUCAGUGCUAGCAGUGGUACACCAAAAGAAUGCUUGAAGGAUCGGAAACAGUGUCUGCUUCAGGUACCAUAAUUAUUAUUUCCUUGAACGAGUACCCCUGCUCUAAUAAGCACCCUCCCCUGAAUAAGCACCCACCCUCUAGGCUAUAAUAGGGAGCUUAAGCAACAGCAACAGUGACGGUGACAAAAACUUCACUUAAAAAGUAAAUUUGCACUGCCUCAAACUUUAUCAUGUGUAUUCCAUCUCGUUUAAUUUGUCAAAUGUUGGCAAAUUUUUUUGGAGUUGAAUUCUAAAGGAUGUCCAACCGGAUGAUCAUACUCAACCUACUUUUGAAGUGACUCCUGGGUUCAAACCUUUCACAGUAUAUAUUUUCUUCACAAAGUGAUGAAGUCUUACUUUGUGAAUUAUUCUGUAGAGGGGCUCUUGGUAACAGACAGUAUUUUGCUCUGAUAAUGUUCAUCUUUGCCAGGUGGCUCUCUAACUUUUUACUAGGUGGAUAAAAUCAAACAGUGCAUCCUGUUCGACAAACAAGAUUCCUUUAAGGAGUGCUUUCCAAAUAAAACCUAUCAAGAAACACAAAUAACAUCACUUCUUCUGAUUGAGUUAAAUAUGUUUCUUACAAAAACUGUUUCAGAUCAGAGGUCCCACUGGACUUCUUAGAAGAGAGACUUUUUCUCCUGAUGCUAAACUAGAAGAAGUUAUGCUGUUUAUCAGAAGCCAGUAUCAUCUAACCUCUGACAUCUAUGAUCUGUUACAGGUAUGAAACACUAAGAUUAACUUUUCCUGAUAUUACAGUACUGAGGUGAUAUAAAGAGGCCCUGCCAGGGUAAAUUCCGACAAGCGACAUGGCCCAAAGAGUAGAGACAGCUUGUAAAAUGAAAUCGCGACAAGAGACAACCUCCCUCGGCCAAAUUGCAACGGUGACGCCAAAGCUGACAAUAAGCGACAAGCAUUUAUAAACACCAACACGAGGCAUUUUAAAAUUCAGAUGGGCGACAUGGGACCCUCCCCUGGCAGCGCCUCUAUAAAGGCAAUGGAGAAUCCCUUUUUCUUGCUACUUAGGGUUAGCAAAUUGAAGGUUAUUCAACUGGCUACAGUCGUAUCUUAAUGAGCCUGCAUUUUUUAAAAGCUUGCACUGUCAAUUUUUCAUGAUUUUUUUUUUAAUUUGAGCAUCAGAAUCAGCUUUUGAAAACUAAAACUCAAAUGGUCCAUCUUGCCUGCUUGGAAUUUCCAAUGUUUUCAAUGCUAGAAAAAUGUUCUCUUGGUGGGCCAUGUAAUUAAUCUUUGGAGACCAAGCCCAAGAUAAGUACUAAAACGAUGAUUUAACAGUGAACAUAUCUAAAUUUAGAAAGAAUUAAGCUGCUCUUUCAGAGGUCAUUUGUUGAUUUCUUUUCUGGCACCCUUUCAACAUUCAACAUCUCUAUACUUCCACAUCUUAUAAGGAUGUAUGCAGUGAAUUAUUUUGUAUCUUUGGGGAUCCUUAUGUGUUUGGGUUACAGGAUAAAUGGUAACAAAAUCACUGCGAUAAGUGGCCUUGCAUCAUUAUUGAGAACUGGCUUUAAACCAUUUUAAUAUAGCACUAGAAACAAGCAACAAACAACUUUAUUUUAUUUCAAAAUCUUGGUUACAAAAACACAACUGCAAGCAGCAAAGGCUAUUUUAGGCAAGGUGUGUAAAAAUAUUUAGGUAGAUUGGUAAAAUAAGAUGUAAAGAAAAAAAAGUGUUAUAAGAAAAAGGAAGAGUAAUUAGGUAAGACAGAAACAAAGUCUUCUUCCUUUGUUCUGCUCCCUUUCCCACCCCCACCUCUGCCCUAGAACAAGAUAACCUGGAAAAGGUACCCAUCCCUUGACACAAUGGGCUAGACCUCUCUUCUAUGUUGCCUGCAGGGAGACUGUAACAGGUGUCAAUAAAUAAAAAAUGAAGCUUUUUUUGCAGCCAUUUCCUCACAGGAUAUUUACUGCUGCUGAUAUGUUGUCGACACUAGCUGGUCUUGGACUCAGCCCAAGUGGCUCACUUGUGGUAAAGAAGAAAGAUUGUGACCAAGCAUCAACAGGAACUGGUGAGUCAGAUGUCUCUUAAAGUGUUCUACAGUGGAACCUGGUCAAUACAGACACCAAGGGAAAAUGUGAUGGUGUCUUAUUAAGUGGGUGUCCAUAUUAAGUGAGCUUUCAGUAAAAACAUCAUGGAAACAUGGCUUUAUCAAUAUGAAGGUGAAAGUAGACAUUUUCACGUUUUUAAUAAUCUAUUGUAACUGUAACAAGUUCAUCAUAAAGAAACGCCAUGAUCAAGCAGUUGUCUGUAGAGCGGGGUUCCACUGUAGCUGAUUAUCAAACAAAAUAUUCUUGAUGUAAAUAUAUAACAAGAUUUGAUAUUAAAAAGAUAUAAUCUGGAACUAAUCAUUAACUUUUGCACUGUGUCUUACUCUUAAAGAAAGCAACAAGUCAUUUUACAUCACCAUUCUGGAGCAAAAUGGAUGUAAAAUUUGAUGAGGAAUAGAGAACAUGUGGUUGCAAAGACUUUUUGUUCAUUUCUUAUCUUCACUCUUCAGCCGUAGUGGUGGUAAAAAUUUUUUACUUUAAAUACAGUUGAACUUCCAUGUGUGCCAACCUCCCAUAAAUGACCGCUAAUCCAAAACAAAGCCUUACAGUUGGAACCUCUUAUAAAUGACCACCUUCUGUAAGUGACUGUGACCACUUUUUGGGCUUGAUGGUUAAUGAUUUUCCAUUGUUUUUAACCUCUUGUAAGCGACCACUUGAUGCAUUCUCUGAUCUCUGUGUUUGCUGUGUGCACUAUGCUACUUAGACUAUAUUAUGAACUUUAGAGAUAACAUGGAACUACAUGUGUCAUAACUGAGACAUUACUUGCAAUAAAUCAUCUUCCAGAAAGUAGAUGUGCCUGGACCUCUUCUUGGAAGAGGCCCCCUGGGUUCGAUUCUUGUAAACGACCACCUCCCGUAACCGACAACUCAGUCUUUGCAUUUUGGGUGGUUGCUUAGAGGAGGUUUGACUGUAUAAUUAUAGGUCAUGAUUCUGCUGAACUGGAUCCCAGUGGUAUGCCUACAGCCGUAUCUACAUGUAGAAGUGAACUGGGCAGUCCUGGGAAUAGCAACAAUAGUCAACCAUUACACAGAAAUGAUGAUAAUGAUGAUGAUGAUGAUAAUGAUGAUGACAAUGAUAGUAUGCACAAUUCUGAUGAGGAAGAGCAAGAGGGUGUCCCAAACAUGUUCAACAGAAGCCCUCCACCAGAGUUGCAAGAUUUCCCUGAAAUACCUCAUCCAAAUGUUCUGGGUAUUGGGGGAUUUAAUAAUGCUAUUGCAAGGGGGCGUGGUCACAUGUGGGGAGCAGGUGUCAGACUUGGUGUAGUGGAGCAUAACCCGCACAACAUUGAUCCUGUGUUGAUAGCGCAAAGCCCUGGGGAGUCGGCUGUUAGAAGAUUGGAGAUGAGGCAACAUUUGCAGUCUAGGCCUGAGACAGGUAGGUACAUUGUAGUUAAUGAAGUUAAUCUUAAAAAAUCGGCCACAUCUACCAUUUUUGUAGAACAGAAACACCAAAAAUUGAAGCUGAAAAUAUCUCAGUUCAUCCUGGUGAAAAAAUUCUGGAAAGACAAGAUGAAAGUCCAUUCUUCCUUUUCUAUUCCAUCUAGAAUCAGGGUUGAAAAAAAAAAACUUGAAUUUCAGCUUGUCCUUUGGGCAAGCAGUACUCACAGUUUGCCUGCCUGAGGCCACUUCUUGCUCAUCUUAGUUAAUGAUUUUGUUAGAGGAUGAUUUGCCUGUGAGCUUUAAAAGUUACUUUAGUUAGUACCCAGCAAGGAAAUUUACUUGUCUCAGACUACCCGACAGGACUUUCUUCAAGCCCUGAGAUUGUGAGGAGAAUUUCUUUGCCCUUUGCUUUUUUUUUGAACCACACUUGCAGGAUGGUGUCCCCAAUAUAUUAUUACACCCUGACAAGGCUGAGACAGCUCAUGAAUGAAAAAUAUUAUCAAUGGUAUUUCUUGAAAGGCUUUUUUUGUCACCUUAUUAAAGGCACCAGUCGUGUAAUUCAAGAGGAUCAGCCAAUUCUCCAUCGGGAUGUUCAACGUCUUGAAGACUUGUGUAUCAAUCAUGUCGGUCACCGUCUUCCUGGACACCAAAAUCCCAUCAGCAGCCUGGGAACACUUCCUCAUGCUGUGUGUGACAAGAUCCUGAUGCAUCUGAUGAAGAAUAAAAGUCUUUCACCAAAGGCAAUGCAGGCAUUUAUCUCUUGGUAAGUUAGUAGCUCCUACACUUCAAUUAGUGGGUGCCUCCCCCCCAAAAAACAUAAAAAAUUAAAUCUCUUAAGAAUCUCAUAAGAAAUAAGUAGUACUAUGUUUACAAACAUUCUGUGAAUGAAGUUUUCUUUAAAUGGUAACACCUUAGGACUACAUCCACAGAUUUAAAAGGUUUAGUGACAAAAAAUCUGAUGGUCACCAUAACAUGGUCUAGUAGUGAACAGGUAAUACAUACGCUUGUGUCAUGAUACAUCUGAAACUAAAUGGACAACAUAGUGAGUAAAUGUUUGAAUUAUUAGGCCAGUUCAGCCCUCUCUCUGUCACUCAAUGGCAUCCACCUCUGUCACAGAAUCCUAAGGUUGGGUGAUAGAAAGAGGAACCUAAAAACAGGACUACAGAAGUUUUCCCAUCACAGAGUAAGGAUCAAAAGAGUGAUGUAGAGUCCUAUAUUUUGGGGACCAAUUUGAUACUAGAGAGCAGAACUUUGUUUCCUCUCUUUGGUUAUUAUGCUUCGGCAGAAGACAAUUCAAAGCCUUUGCUUUACACUUCUCCCUUUUAUGGAGUAUAAUUUAAUAGCAAUAAGUAGCUUCACUAGUGUAAGUUCUUGAUAUAAAUUAGGUUAAAACAGGGACAGGGAAAGUCAACUCCUGACUUGUUUAAUAUCCUUUUAAAUAUUAAAUCUACUCAGUACCUUAAUAUUACCCUUUUUAGUGAAAAAAAAAGACACUUGCCCAAGCCAAAUAAGCUGGUUCAGUAUUAAUUAUCAGGUUUUUUCUCAUAGUUUUUUGAUAAUUAUUUUAAACUUUGCCAUUUUUUCAACAGUGGCUUGCACAAUGUGAAGUUGGAUUGUUAUCCAUUGGUUACUAAUGAACUGCUUAUAGCUCUCAGGUCAGAUGUUAACGCUAACAUAGUCAUCUUAUUAGUGAACUAAUACAUUUAGAUAGAUUUAGCCAGGGCUAAAAGCCAAGCUCUCGAUUAUAUAUAUAGUUUAAUCAAACAAAAUAUAAAAUCAUGUUAUGCUAAGCGGCGAAGGCAACGGGAAUGGUGAAAAAACAACAAUAGGUCUAAUAAGCAACAAAAAACAAUUUUGCACGUGCAGCACGCUUUCUUUUGCACGUUUGUUUGCCGUUGUUUUGUACGACCACAACGUUAAACUUCCAGAAGCUUCCUGGUUACACGUUUUAUGUCUUACCUGUUGUUGUUCACUUUUUUUCACUCGCUCAUUUUCACCCUGAUGGUCAUUAGGAUUUCUCAUUUUCUCGACACCGCUAAAAAAUUUUCAUGUUGUUCUUCCAACAACUAGCUCCUUAUCUUCCACUCUAGCUCUCUGUCGCUCUUUUUCUCGUUGAGCUUCGCUGGCCUGUUGCCCACUUUAUUUUUUCUCCAUAUUCCAAAUUUAUGGACAUGACAAUAAAUUAUUAAUGUAAGCUUAAUACUUUAGACAACAAGGACACAGAAACAAUUUUCGCUUUCCAUUUUUGUCUUUAUUGGCGCUUUAGUUGUCUCUGAUUCGCAAAAUGCGGUUGGCUAUGCGGUUUCCCGCCAAAAUAACCUCGAGUUGCAUUUGGGUUGCCAUACCUGUUGGUUGAGUUAUUUUACAUUGGUAUGCCUGUGGUGUGGACGGAUGGUCAGUUGAGCGUAUGGUCACGUGAUUACCAAAAUUUUCUCAGAUGGGUAGAUUACCAAAUUUUCUUGCCCAUAGUGCUUUACUUUGAACGCUUUGGGUGCGUGGAGCUCUGCUACUACACCUGUAUAUUAUUUGCUCUAUGUCAAAGUUAGUUCACCAACAGUGUUAUUGGCGUUAUAAAUUUAUUAUAAAUAUCUCCAUUUUUAACGGCUUAAAUGUGUCAGCUAAUUCUUCGUAACCAGCAAGUGUUGAACAAACUUAGAAAAUAUUUUAAGAAGGUUAAAACCCUGUUUAGGAAAAACUUUUGUAUUAUACCCUGAAGUGUGUCCAUGGGAGUCCUGUAUUGUGUCUAGACCACGAGUAGUCGUCCUUCUUUCCUCAGAGCCACACGAGGCGAGCAAAAAGUCAAAAUUAUGCAAAUUACUGGCCGUUCACCCCUUGAACGUGCCCUCAUUUCUCAUGCUCGCAUUCUACCUGGUCUCAAAAGAAAAAUUAAGAGACUGUUCACAGUCUAUAGUGCGUCAAACUUGCUGAAUGUUUCAAUCUCUACCUUUUCUAAUUUUUGUAACAUAAAUUAUUUACUAUUUAAAGUCAUGGGGAAAGCACUUGUGGCACAAUCACUUUACUUUUUUACUUUAAUGAUACUGGGUUUACUUGAAGAAUUUCAAUCAUUGUGAAGUCAAAGGGGACAAGGCACAUGAAAAUUUAUCUUUUAAUAAUAUGAGGAUUUAAACCUUUAAUGCCUUUUUAGGACUUAACAUUGACAUGUUAGGGAGCAAGGGUGGUGCAGUGGGGCGAAUCUCGGCGUCGACGCCAUAUGUGGGUUGAGUUUGUUGUUGGUCCUCUCCUUUGCUCCAAGAGGUUUUUCUCGGGGUACUCUGGUUUUCCCCUCUCCUCAAAAACCAAUUCUUCCAAAUUCCAAUGAGAUCUGGAACGCACGGACACGUUUAAACGAGUUCAUAUGAACUCUUAAGUGCUUCGUGGGUAAAAAAAAGCAAUUUGCAGUUUAUUUAAUUUAUUUACACAAUUUGAGACAUAUGCAUGGCUACACAUGAACUCUAACUUUUUAUUUAGGUUACACAGACAUCUAACUCAUCUUAGUUUGAAGUCAUGCCCUCUCAUAACUGACAGAGCACUUGAAGCUAUCGCAGGUAUUUAAAAAUUUUUUAUCUGCUUAAAUUAUUCAACAUUGGCCAUGUAUCCUUUACCUCUACAGGGGCGGAUCCAGGAUUUUUUUUGGGAGGGGGUGCACUCGUCUCUUGCUUUACUUCAACACCAAUAAACCAUAUAGUUUUUUUUUUGCAGAAUACCAGUUGUAUUAGAAAACCGCAGGUCAUCUCAGGGGGGUGGGGUGCACACCCCCUGUACCCUCCCCCUAGAUCCGCCCCUGCUCUAGUUUGUUUCUGUGGAUAUCAAAAUCCUCUGAUUUUAACACACUUUGGCUUUUCAUUUCACAUACUUUGCUUUUCAGUAUUUUGCAGAAAAUAAAUUUUGUGAGAUUUUUCCUGAUUUAUUUUUGCUGUAAUGACAACUUCUAACUCAAUUUUAUGACAUUACCAUGAAAACCAUCUAUAGUUUAAAAGCAACCAUUUCUGUGUAAGGGAAUGCUAAUUACUGGUAAAUAUUAUGCUAUGUUAUGUUAGGCUAGCUAAAGUUAUGGAGAGGUUCUACUGUUGAAGAUGGGGACUUAUGAUAGUGUGUUCGUACAGUCGGUUACUUUAUUCAAACCUGCUGGCUACUUCAAUUUUUAUUGAAACCCCUGCUACACUACUUGUAAAUUACAAGACUAGUGUAAUUUAAGUUUUAUUGAAUUGACCCAAGGAUCUUGGCGUUCUUAGGUGGUACCAUUGAUGACUAGUUCUAUUUUUCUUUAGUUCUAAAGAGACUGAAAUCACUCAACUUGAGUCAGUGCAGCCAACUCACUGACAAAUGUUUCCACCAUAUUAAAGGUAAGGAGAAAAGACAGAUGUGGGGCCCACAGUUUUAGCUUUUGAAAGAGGUUCUUUGUCAUUCUGUUAUUGUCUGUUCUCUUGUAGAGCUUCCAUCUCUAGCGACAUUACAAAUGGAUAUGACCAAAGUAAGGGAAAUAUAUAAUUUUGUUAUCAAAAAUGAAAAGAAAAUAGUCUUUUCUAUGACACGUAACUCUGACACCAAUCCUAAGAAUCUGUAAGUGAUUGAAAUGUUAUGUAUCACCCUAGAAACAUCAACAUAUGAUAAUCAUAAUUAGAUGAAUGAUCGCAAAAACAAUUUAUCCAGGAGCAUGAAACAUUCUUUUCAGGGACAAUGUAAAAGGAUGUGGCCAUCAAAUUCUCUAGAAUCUGGAAAAUAACUUCUUGGAAAAAGCAGGAUGGUGGAGUGCCAAUGUACUCACCCUUCUUACAGCAGUGAAUAACUAUGUAUGUGGGUCAACUCUUUCAUAUGAUGAGCCGCAUCAAUACAACAUAACCUGGCUCUCCUAUUGCGUAAAAAAAAAAAUGAAUAUUGCAACUCUCCCAACUUUUGGACAAGAGGAGCCAGUCCGUCUUCAAGCCUACAUCUGUUAUCAUGUUGUCAGCGCUCACUGUAAUGUCAUCAAUGAUUUAAUUUCAGAUAACUGAUGCUGGAGUUUGCCAUUUUAUGGAGAAUGCUGCAUGUUGUCCUAACUUGGUGUACAUUAGUUUUAGUGGAACCAACAUCACAGAUCACAGCCUUCAAGCCAUGCGAGGUGGGUUUCGGAAUUCUUGAUUCCUGAAAAUAAAGGAAAUAUUGAGGGAUUGUACUCAGUUCAGAUAUUCGUUUAUAACACUUCGUUUUUCAUUCAAAGUAUAUUUCUCCAUUUCUGAUUGACUCAAAUUUCCUGGCUAAUUCUCCAUAACCAGCUAGUGUUGACCAAAUUUGGAAGAAAUUCUAUUCAGGACUACGCCAACUUGGAUAAUCGUAGUUAAUCUAUGUACAUUUGCACAUGGUUUAUUUAUUUAUUUAUUUGCCACACAAAAGAAGUAAAAAUACAGCAGACAAUAUAGAGCAACUAGAAAGAAAAAAGAAUAGACACCAGAAAGCUUAUGUGAGACAAGGCCGCCAGUUUGUUAAGCAGCCAUUUUGGUAUAUCAUUAUCGUUUGUGAUAUGUUUUCCUUGGAAAAAGCAUUUAGAGAUUUGGCUACCUUUUUACUAUUAAGAGCAGGUUUAUGACUUUGUCCUGGGUCCAAAGCUGGAUUGACCUCUGUCACUCUUCUGUUCUUUGUGUGAAUAGUUAAUUUCUGCUUUUUGCUUUGUCAAACCAAUGUAGACCUCAAAGCCCUCAAGGUUCUUGUCAUUGGCAAUACAAAGGUAAACUACAACAAUGUACAUUUUUGUAGCAUUAUUGUAAUUGUAACAGCACUGUAACAUCCUGCCCAAUCUUCUCAUAUGUAUAAGAAAGCACUGUUAUAACUUAAAGCAUUGUGACAGAGCACAGGUGGGCCAAGCUCACCUCAUAAGAGCUACAAAUGUGACUCUACUAUGAUUUGGGGCAUGUGUGUUGCAUUCCAGUGAUCUGGACUAUAAAGAUGAGUAUGAAAACAAGAGCGUCCAGUCUUAGAAAAUUACUUUUUUCUGCAACGAUUUUUAAUUUCUUCUAUUUAGUGUUGCAUUUGCUGUUUUUCAUCACUGCCUCUCAGGUUGAUCUAACGCAUUUAUGGUGAGUUUUUCCCAUUGUGUUUCCACUGCUAAGAGAAGCACUACACUCACUGUAAAUGCUAAUAAAGUCACUCUGUAGAGUCACAUUGCAAUAGUGUCAUGACUCAAAAUUACUUUAUGACACAGACCUGGCCUGUCCCAUUUCAUUUCUAUGAAAUAUCCAUGUUACCAUUAUCAGAUUUUUAUGCACCUUAUAUUUUUGUAUCUUUAAUACUUACUUUAUAUUCUGCAUGUUUGUAAAUACAGUCGACUCCCGAUAACUCCAACCUUCGCUAACUCGAACCUCGCGCUAACUCGAAUCAAAAUCGAUUUCCCCUGGAUUUCCGUGAUACAUUCACUGUAAUUUUACCCUCCGUAACUCGAACCCUCGAUAACACGAACUCCCGCUAACUCGAACUAAUUUUCGUUUCCCCUCAGGUCAUUUAAUAGUUAACUCGAUAACUCGAUAACUCGAACAAUGUUUUGAGCCCUUGAAAAGUCGGGAAAAAAGUCGUCUACUGGCGCCCGAAACAUUGAAUUUUGGAUUUCCUAUUGACGUGUUUUAGGAGUAUAGUUUACUAGUGAAGGCUGAUGUUGAUUGUCACAGGCUAACGUGAAACAGCUUUUCUUCUCAAAACAGUAAAACGCAUGCUCUAUUUAGGCUAUGUUUUGUUGCGUUACGUUCUGAUUUAUAAUCUAGAGGUAUCUUUUAAUUUUCACUUGACAUUUCUACAAUUAAAUGUGAUUAAAAUGUUCACUGUGCAGUAGUUUACCUUACUCUCGGCUAUUUUCUUCGAGCUCCCGAUAACUCGAACUUUUUUCGAUUUCCCUUGAAGGUUCGAGUUAUCAGGAGUCGACUGUACAUCCUAUCACUGGUUACUCUCCUUUGUUGAGCACCAUGCAUGUGUCUUAGUUUUCAGUUUGUGGCCCUCCUCCUCCUCCUUUCAACUAUGUGUUGAUCGAUGAAUUUGCUUAAGACAUUUUAAAAAGACAUUUAAGUUUGAUCUUGGGUAGCCUGUGUACAGAGCUGCUCUAAGUACUGUCAGUAGUUAGUGGUGGUUUGAUGAGAAGUGUGCCUUAUGAUUUUUCUUAGAUCUCUUCUUUAGAAGUUGUCCAUCAGUUACCCCAGUUGGAAAUGCUAAAUGUGUCACACACAGAAAUAUGUGAUGAUAGUUUGGUUGCAUUGGAGAAUCAUCCAUCCCUUGCGUCAUUAAGUCUUCUUUCAACAAACAUCACUGAUGAUGGGCUGUGUCAUCUGCAAGGUGAGAUCCUGGAACUACUAUUCGCCACUUUAGAAGCGAGAAAGAAACUGGAUCGAGUUAACUUUGGUAAAGACUUCUGGGACUGUUACGUAUACUAGGGACAGGGAAAAUAGAGACCUUUCCGCGAACCAACGUCAUUUUGGCGGGAAAAUGUGGUAUCCGUCGUCAGUCUACUACGAGGUUUAGCGAGAAUGUGGUAAUGGCGAAAACAAGUUAAUAUCAAAUGUUGGAAGUUUUAUCAUUUAGCGAUCGGAAGAGGGCUUAACCUCCUUCAAAUGAAAAAAGCCUGCUAACUUUUGUGGUGAAAAAAAGUGCGUUGAAGCUUUCCGGGGUGUCUAUUUUAGAGAAUAGGCGAGAAAACGUAAAAUUAAAUGUCGUCCUCGUAACUGUCCUCGUCCUUGAUUGGCCAAUAACUGACCAUCCCAUCCCUAGUAACAAUGCCCAAAACAAUUGCGGGACACAUUUCUGCUCCAAUUCCCGCCUUGUUUUUAAAGUGGGGAAUUUUUUCAAGUAUUAAGCUCCAACGUCAAGACACCGACAGAUUGUUGACUCCUGUUCGCUGCUGUCAACAAUUUUCUCUAUGUUCUGACCAACAACAGGGUUUAUUGAGAGUUUCCGAGGCCACUUUAUGCUAUCAACUCAGUUGAUGCCAUAUGAUUUUUUUGUACCUCUCUCAUAAAACAGUAGAUUACACAUACUAAUUACUGCUGACUUAAAGCCUUAACUCUUUGGGAAGAUUGCAACAGUCAAGACAAUCAAUACCAGCCUACAUAGAGAUUUCCUUUAGACUGGGGUUCUAUCAGUUGUCUGGAUAGUCUAGUGUGGCGUCAGAAGUGUUUCCAUGUGAUUGUCUCACCUAAUCUGUGUGGGAGGCGUUCAAAAGGAAAGGAAAUAAGGAUUUCGGGUGCAGGAGAAGCGCGCUCAAAUUCCCUACCCCUUCCCUUUACCAAAUGUGUUCAACUGAAUUGUAGACUGUGUGGCAGUUAUUCGAACAAAUCAUUUGAACAGUUUUUGAUUCGAUUUGAGCUCAGGCCUCCUUAGAUCUGCGAUCAGCUGAUAUCACCAGUCUUGCAAAGAUUGUUCAAGAUUAUAUACAAUGUGGUUCAUUUCCCAAGGGUCUUCCGUUAUCUGCAGUAAUACGUUAAUAUUAACGACAUUGAAGUUUGCGAUGGACAGUCUUACCAAAAUUAUUUGUUAAAUGCUCACUACUUAAAUUCAAAGGUUUAAAGUUGUCGACUGUCAAACUGCCCAACAGACUACAUAUUACGGACCAAGGAAUAAACAAUAUACAAGGUUAGGAAGAUGAACUAGAUAAAACCCAAAUCCAUGUAUUUUCUCCAUACUUCGUGGAUUUAUUUGUGACACAUUUGCCUUGUUUGUUGAACCUGACGCCUUGGUGGUCACGUUUUCUAGGCCAAGAAAGAGCUUGUCUAACAAAAUGUGUUCGGUGGCACGAAAACUCACGAAAUUUUCCCAGUACUGUCGAGCGCCCUCUUUAUUUCUAAAAUGGAACAAUAAUUGACGGGUAUUUUGGCAAAAUAAACAAAAAUUUGCCUAUUGUUAACGCACGUUUAAAGCCAGCCAAUUUGUGACUAAGGCAGCUUCAUAUAGCUUAGUUUCUGCUGGCUUAGCCAGACUUUUCCAGGUCUUACUUUGUUUCUGUGCGGCCAAACUUCAGUAAUAACCCACAAUCCCUUGCUUUAUUUUCAGCAUUGAGUAAUCCUAUGGUAAAAUAGUGGCUAAACUUUAAUGCAACCCAAAACAUUUUGGGAGAAGACAGCAUUUAGAUGUGCUAAGCUUAAACUUAAUUGCAAUAACGCAUUAGUAGAAUGAAUUAUUUUCUCCAUUGCAGGCCCCCUUGGUAGUUAAAACAAUCUUGUCAUGCAUUGCGUAUCUUGCAGGCCUCCCCUUUGGUUACUGACACUGUAUAGAAAUGGUACAGUGAUAGCGUGAAUGAUUUCUCUCUUGCAGGACUCCCCUUGGUAGCUCUUGACCUCUCAGAUUAUAUUCACAUCACAGACAAUGGCGUUUACUCAAUAGCACACAUGACAAGGUAAAAACAUUUGAUAUUCCACAUUUUGAAGAACCCUGUGAGUAGUGGCCACUCUUUUCAAUAGAACUAUCGCAAAGAGGUAUCCCCUGGUCGAAGGGUAGUAUUAAAGAGCACAGGUAAGCCAGGCCCACUGUUUGCGUCACAUACGGGUUUCAUAUGGCUAAAUAUAGAUAACAUAUGGGGCGAAGUUUAGGUCUGGAAAUUUACUUGAAAAUGGAAAUGAAAAUCGAUGGAACUUAACAUGUGGCGAGUUGUUUCCCUUAAUAUGUACACGAAGUUUCGGGAAAAAUACAUGUAGUCUCCUUCACCUUUCCUUCAUAGUUUUAGAGACUAUACUAAACUUCGCCCCAUGUAUUCUCUAUAUUUACCCAUAUGAAACCCGUACGUGACCCGAACAGUAAGCCUGGGUAACCUGUGCUGAAGAGCGGCGGUGAAGUGUAUUUGAGCAGUUUGAAGGAGCUGUGUCUUGAAUUUUAUCAAAAUUCUAACGAUAGGAACUGCCUCCAAAUUGAGUGAAACAAAAAAAUAAUCGCUCAAAGUAUUAAAAGAAGGUAUCAAUAAUACAGCAAAUACAAAAGUAAGUACGGAUGGACAAACUGGAAGAAGAUUAAAACGGAUUAAAAUUGCGGGUUUUUGACGACCUCUUAGCCUAACAGUUUUUUUCAAAGUUAAUUUUUGUUCUUUGUCACGUUUAAUAUAAUGUUGUAUACAUGUUUGCCUCUACUUCGUUAAAUAAUAAUUUAAACAUUCCAUUGUUACCCUAACCCUUUUCUUAGAUUAACGCAGUUGUCACUUAGCAAUACAAAACUGACAGAUGAUGGAAUGAAAAGUUUAGCAGGUAAGGCUAUAUUUGAUUCCUGAGGCUCAUAAUGUUCCUGUAAACAAUUCCUUUUCAGACACGAUUCAUGCUCAAACAGUACCUCCACACUUGACACACAAAUGAGAUUAAAUACAAUUUAACAGGGUAAACAACCAAGAGCAGCCAAUAUGCUUAUGGCGGUCAGCGGCAGAUGAGUUCGGCGCAUGCUCCGAGCACUCUUAGUCGUAGCCUCAAAGCACAUUUCAGUGUAUUAAAGCUGACAAAGCUGGUGGCGGCUUUUUUCGGUGAAGUGCGUUCUUCAUUUUCAAUUUUGCCAAAGCCAGAGGAACCCGGUGUGGUGUGCGGGCUAAUCGCUGAGGGUUUACGGUCAUCUCGCCGCCAACCAAAUCGCCCCAAAGAACCAAGGAAUAACUUUUAAAUUUUGGACACAGUUUAAUACGUAGGAUUACUCACCUAGGGUUUAUACUUUUUUGAGAAACUUAUUCGAAUUUGUAGUCGACCCAAAUACAAAUCUGUCGAUCCUUGCGUCGAAAUUUUUGUGCUCUUAAUUCUUCAAAUGCUUCGGUGAAAUUAGUAAACUUUGACAUUUUAGAGGUAAAAAAAAACUGACAGAAAGUUUCACAACCACCAGCAGUCAUUUCUUUGAAAUAUGAUAAAACAGUUGCCUAGUCCCUAGGCCUCAUUAUUCCGCGCGGCAAAAGCGUUUCGUGUCACGUGGUCCAUGCGAAAGUAAAGGUUAAGAGAAAAUAGUUCUUUUCAUAUUAAUUUAUGGUGACGAUCUCGUUGGUGGCGAGGUGACCGGAUAAAUGGCUGGGUUGCAGGGAUUGCCAGUCAUGGGAGCGGUUUUUCUGUCCAGGGGCUGGCUGGACACAAUAGAGGCCCCUGUAGGCAUUCCAGGCACCCAUCUUCCUUACAAUGCGAUGCAGUUGGUAAUAGGAUUUUAUCCAGAGCCUCAAAAGUUAGUCCUCUCCAGAUUUGUCUUUGGGAUCAAAAUAGUCACAUAUUUCUUUUUCUGGUUUCUUUCAACAGCACUGACUGAGCUUGAGGAGCUGAAUGUGGACAGAACGCUGAUAAAGGACGAUGGGUGUACUGUGCUCUCAUGUGAGUACUACCUGCUGUCUGGGUUAAUUGUCUCCUCAAAAAAUUCACCCCAAAGCAAUUCUCUGUCGCAGACUAUUUGUUCCCAGACAAUUCGUCCCAACUUAACUCCAGACUCGUCCCUACAAAUCUGCGGACAUGUCAGAUUCAUUUCCCAAGAUCUCUUCCAACUAAGAUUGUACGUCGAACGCACCCCCCAAACAAUUCUUUCUCGCAUAGACUAGUUGCUCCCAGACCCAACUUAACUCCAGUUCGCUGCUGUGAAUCUGUGGGGAUGCCAAAAUCGUGUCUCAAUAUCCGUUCAGUCAAUCAACGAAGGUUACCCAGUACAAUCAUGCUCCAUUCUGUAAUAAGAGUGCAUUGUAAGUCGAACACACGUGUCCCCUAAGGAAAAUCGCCGCUAAAACAGUACCUUAUCACAUGGAGUGUUUGCUCCUAAAAAAUUCUCUCCAACUUAACCCCAGACUCGUCCCUGCAAAACUGUCCUCUGAGCAAAUUUGCCCCCCCCUUCCCCUCCCCCCAAACACUUCUCUUUUGCAAAGACUAUUUGCUCCCAAACAUUUCGCCCCUACUUAACUCCAGUUUGCCCCUGUAAAUCUGCAGCAAUGCAAGGUAUGCCAGAAUCGUGUCCCAGUAUCCGUUCAGUCAAACAACGAAGGUUGUUCAAUUUGUCUAGUCCCUAGGCCUCAGGGGCGGAUCUAGGGGGAGGGUGCAGGGGGUGCGCACCCCCCCCCCCCGAGAUAACCUGCGGUUUUCUAAUACAACUGGUAUUCUGCCAAAACAAAAACUAUGUGGUUUAUUGGUGUUGCAGUAGAGCAAGAGACGAGUGCACCACCUCCUAAAAAAAAUCCUGGAUCCGCCCCUGGGCCUCAUUAUUCCUCGCGGCCAAUUCGUUUCCGCCCGUUCGCCUCGGAUAUGUCACCGAAGUGAACUGACCGAGAAUAAUUGAGAAAACGCAGUACAGGGACUGGGUAAGAAUACAAUUAAGCUCCAUUCUGUAUAAGGAGUGUGUUGUACGUCAAACGCAAUGAUCAGUCUGUAAAGUAAAGCCGUUUGGAUCAGUUUGAUUUCAAGACAAAUCUUUACGCAUGAAGACUUUCACUUUCAACUCUUUCAUUUAGAUUUGUUUUCUGGCCCACACAGGUUUUAGACACCUGCGUAUUCUUGGUUUAUCAUCCACAAGAAUAAGUAACAAGCUUCUACUGAAUGGCACUUUAAAUCAGUGCAAAACCCUAACGCAGCUGAACUUAAGCAGAACUAGGAUAUCAGACAAGAGAUUAGAUCAGCUGGUAUUGCCAGUGCUGAGUCAGUUGAAUCUUGAUUGGACAAGAGUCACACCUAGCGGCUGUCUUACACUUCUUACAGGUAUUGAUUCUCUUUGAACCUUUGGGUCAUGAAGGCGACGGGCGCGCAAACAAGCUAAGCAAGCGGCGGGCGAGAGGGGUGAAGCCGCGAUAAGAUUGGGGCGGGAACAAGAUUUUUAUUCCUCUCGCGGCUAACUCGCCGCUUCACCGCUAGUUUACGCACACUAUCCUGCUUUGCCGCUCACUAACCUUAGCGCUUGCUUGCGUGCGCACCGAACAAAAUUGCCAGCUAUGCUGACUAUUGUAUAGAACGUGGUUGGUUGGAUUUGAUAUGGCAGGUUGUUUUAAGCUUUGUCACUCUGUCAUGGCCUUGUUUGUUCGGUUGUUUUUUGAACAAAGGGAAAUGGCCAUUGUUGUUUUUCUUGAGUUAUUUUACUGUAGACACCAAACUAAGGGUUGCUCAUUAAAAUGGAGUUAAACCGCAUUCUGGGCCUUUUUUGCUGGCAGCGGCUAGGAGGCUUAAAGCCGCAUUAGAAUUAACCUGAGUAUCAGGCUUUUUCUUUCUUUUUUUUUUUUUUUUUGAUACUCAGGUUACAUUGUAGACAUUAGAGUACCAUUUAGUUAGAGCUUGAUGUUACGCCCAAAUAUAUGCCAGUAUAAUGUGUCUAACCCUGCUAGAGCGUAAUAACCAUCGAACCAAUCAUUAUUCAAACUAAGCGUAUCUAACCUCGCGCCCCGCGCUAAGGGCGGGAAAAGCGAAAGAACAACCCGAUUAGGAGACAAUCACGUGGUACGGGGUACCGAAACCGAGACGAGAAUCGCUCCAUUUCAAGUAUUUUUUGUUACUCCCUUUAAAUUUUUUUCGACCGUUUUUAUUAUGUUUAGGUUGUCCUUCGCUUAAAGCCUUGAGAACAAAUAAUUGCACGCCGCCAUCUCAGGAUUCCGAAGAUUCAGACGAAGAACAACAGCAACAAUGAGGAAUCGCCUUCAAAAGCAGAUAUGAUGUUUACUGACAAAUUUUGCUGUCUUCAACCCUCUUUCACAGAUACGCAACAUUUUAUAAGAUAAGAAUAACAUGGUGCAUUAUGUCUCACAAUUCUUAGUUUGCAACCACGUGACAAGGCGGCCAUGUUGGGGGUCAAACCAACAGAAUUUUUUCUCGAUCAAUUUACAUGAAAAUAGAGUUUAGUUCCCAGAGGAGAUAAAUCCUUUUGUUCUUGACCACCAGCAUCGCCGCCGUGACGUCACGUGCAAGCCAGCAGUACUUUAGAUCUAUGGCGAUACAAGCUGUAGUCAGAUUGGCAAUUGUUUUUGUUCAGGUUACUGCUUAAUCAUUUGAAGAAUACCACUGCUGACUGAAGUUGUUUUUUUAGGUAAACACUUAGGCAGUAGACCCUUCCAAGAGUUUCAACGUUUGAACAGGGCUCUUUAGCAAACAUUUAUCUACACUGCUGGAAAGACACCUUAAAACGCAAAACUUUUUCGUGGUUUGUCAAAAAAGAGCAAGGAUAUGGCUUCGUAAAGCCGCAAAAUUGUACAGACAUUUCUGUGGUGGGACUCAUAAACUUGAAUUAUAACUGCGUGACUUUACAAUGUGGUAUCUUCGUUAAUUUUCAGCAAAUCAUUCUUAAACUUGGCAACUUUAUAGGCUGAAUUUCAGCCAUCUCCUCGAAACUCUCCCAGGAGUUUGCGAUUCGAGGAGAUGGCUGAAAUUCAGGCUAGACAACUUUAGUGAUUUUACGGCUCUCAUUACAGCGGUGUCGAAUUAAGAAAUGGUUGAAGUGUUUAUUUUACAGGUAGAGAUUCCCAUUCAUAAACAGAGUUUUCAAGUACGAGUUUAGCCAAAAAAAUGUGUGGUUUACUCUGCUCACAGUGGAUUUUUUUCGGCACGGUUUUUAGUUUUGACGAAGUUAUCCGCUUGGGUUGCUUGUUAAACAAGCCAGCUACGCGAACUUCAGCGACGCCAGCGACUUCGUAAAUGAUAAAAACCAUGCUGGAAUGAAACCUAUGCUUGCAGGGUGGUUGUGGUUUAAAAGUAUUUUUAAAAAAAACCAUCCAAACCCAGCAAGUGAAGUCAAAGUGAUUUCUCCUUCUGUAUUUAGUGGCGUCGUUACACACUGAAAAACUGAACGUUGUGUUUUUUCAUCAGCUUUUCAACAUGAUUUAAAUGUAUUUGAACUUGAAGAGAACUAAAACGUUGUUGUGGUUUAUGUAAAUGGUCCACGAAGGACCUUUCUUUUUUCCUGCCAGAGUGAACGUUGUCACUAUUCAGGGGCACCCAACGACGAUUUUCGGAAA